AGGAUGAGGUUUGCAGAGAGGAAGGUGGGCUUCCUCUUCGCCUCGUGAUUCCCGAUCCCUCUGAGUCAGUCCCUGAAAGCUGAACGGCGCCGGCAGACCGGAUGAGCUGAGAGCCGGGUUGGUGGGGGGGGAAACGACCCAACGAUCCGUACGGGCGGCGAGGCGGCUUCUCUCCCGAGCGGAACUCCGUGCAGAAGCGCCACGCGGGAAGGAAGAGCAGCGGCAGGAGCAGCGAGAGAGCAGGAGGGGGAGGGACGAGCAGGAUUGGCGUGGUGACGAGCGGCGGGGAUGCGUUUGGCCGUGCCGGGAGGACGCCGCUCCUCUCCCGCUCCGCGCCUGUAGACGGCGGGGGCCGUGCGCAGAUGAGGCGAGGGCUGGCGCCUCGGGGGGCCGUCGCUCAGAGCUGUGAGGAGAAGGGCCCGCGUGGGCGCGGGACCCACGGGCUGGACGGGAGCCGUCCCCUGCCACUGCGGACCGGGGACCAGAGCCCCUGCGGGGGACGUUGUGCUUUGCGGACUCUGUGACCGAAAGAUGGCCCCCCGCCUCUUUACGCCGCCACGGGAUUCUCAGGAACUACUCCACGAUCUCUCUCUCCGAGAACAUUCCGGCUGCUGCGAGGCCACCUGCCUCUGAGACGCAGCCCCUACGCGGCCGGCAUCAGCUCGUCACCUGGAGGCAUCCCACCCAUUCACCUCCCCUCCUCAGCCUACAGGGAGCCGACCCCCUUCUAAAAUUACGCCCAUUUGCCUUUGGAGAACAAUGAACUCUGAAGAGGACACUUUCAUCAGAUUCUUCCAGUAUGUUGAGGACAGUGGACUGAGAGCCUACGACGGUCUUGUCAUUCAGAACGCCUCGGACAUCGCCCGUGAGAGCGACCGGGUGAGGAAUGAGACAAACUGGGUUUACCUGCAGGAAAAAAACGAGAAAAAGAGGAAACAGGAAGAAGCCAUAAAAAGGAUCGGUGAGGACGUGGCGAGGGGGACAGACGGCGCGUAUCCAGGGAAACACUUCCGCAUGGGCUUCAUGACGAUGCCCGCCCCCCAGGACCGGCUGCCCCACCCCUGCGGGACGGGCUUCUCCGUGCGCUCACAGUCCUUGCACUCCGUCGGGGGCGGGGACGAGGACAGUAACCCCAACUCCCGAAAGCAGCCCCCGCCGAAACCCCGACGGGACCCCAACACCAAACUGAGCAUCUCCUCGGAGACGGUGAACGCAGUUUCGACCUCGGGAAAGCCAGGCAAAGAGCUGGAUGUGUCGAGGCCCUGCAGCGAGGAUCUCAAGAGGGUUCCGCCCCCUAAACCCAAGAGGAACCCCAACACCCAGCUGAGCACCUCCUUCGAUGAGUCCUACAUCAGGAACCACGUGCCGAAGAAGGCCUCCCGGCGGGAGAAGGCGUCAUCGCAGACGCAAAGCCCCGCCCGAGACACGGACGAGGACGAGCCCGUCUACAUCGAGAUGGUGGGCAACAUCCUGCGGGAGUUCAAGCGGGACGACGAGGAGCAGGGCGAGGCCGUUUACGAGGAGAUGAAGUACCCCACCUACGAGGACCUGGGCCAGGACGCCAGGUGGGAUCAGGUGGGCUCCCCGUCCCAGUGCUCCACGCCCACCAUCCCGGACCUGGAGCUCACGCGGGCCGCCACGCCCAGGGGCUCUCUGUGCGACAUCCCCGCCCCCUUCCCAAACCUGCUGUCCCAUCGGCCCCCCCUGCUGGUGUUCCCGCCGGCCCCCGCCCAGUGCUCUCCGAACUCGGACGAGUCCCCCCUGACCCCGCUGGACGUCACCAAGCUGCCCGUGCUGGAGAACGUGUCCUACAUCAAAUCCGGGGUGUCGCCCACAUCGGGCGAAUCCCAGGGCUCCUCCCACCGCAAGGCGGAGAGGGAGCUGCCGGCCACGCACACCAUCACGGCCUCGGGGCGCUCCUCCGCCCCUCCGCUCCCCUCCACCCUCUACAAGUCGUCGUCCUCCGCGCACGGCUACCCCCGCAGCCACUCGGCCUGCCCGUCCCCCGUCAGCAUGGGCCGCUCCCUCACGCCGCUCAGCCUGAAGCGGCCGCCGCCCUACGACACGCUGGUGGGCAGCGGAAUGCCACGCAGUGCCUCCGCAGUGCCUCCCCACUCGGCGAAGGGCGCGUGCCAGGACGGCACGUCCCGGCUGUCGGGCUCGUCCAGCGCGCACGGCUCGAUGCAGAACGUGUCGCGCUCUCGCACGCCCACCAGCCCGCUGGACGAGCUCACCAACCUCUUCACCAAGGGCCACAAUAUGCUCAAGAAGUCCUCCAGCGGCAGGAAGUCCAAGGAGCCAGCCGAGAGCGAGGCCAAGAGCAGGUGCCAUAGUGCUGAGGCCCUUCCCAGACGAGACAGCAAAGACAGAGGGAGUCACAGCUCAGAUCAAAGGAGGGACAGCAAAGACCGGGGGAGUCACAGCUCAGAUCAAAGGAGGGACAGCAAAGACAGAGGGAGUCACAGCACAGAGCAGAGGCGUGACAGCAAGGACCGAGGGAGUCACAGCACAGAUCAAAGGAGGGACAGCAAAGACAGAGGGAGUCACAGCUCAGAUCAAAGGAGGGACAGCAAAGACAGAGGGAGUCACAGCUCAGAUCAAAGGAGGGACAGCAAAGACAGAGGGAGUCACAGCACAGAGCAGAGGCGUGACAGCAAGGACCGAGGGAGUCACAGCGUGGACCAAAGGCGUGACAGCAAAGACCGGGGGGUCAAUCACGGAGGACUGGAGUCCUCCAAGGGAUACGAAGGGGAUGAAGUCUCUGGGCAGGUGGCGAUGUCGAUCUCCACGCCCACCAGGCCCGGGCACUCCUGCGUCAGCCCCACGCUGCUGCUGGGGAGCAGUAGCUCUGAACUGAAGGCGGUGUCCAAGCUGGGCCGCUCGGCCUCCACGUCUGGUGUGACCCCCCCGUUGGGGACCCCCCAGCGGCAGCCCCCAGAGGCUCAGCAAAGCCAGCAGGUGGCGCUGAUGCCAUGGGCGUGUGGGGACAGCACCAUGAUGGAGACCAUUGAGAAGAAGCGCAGUCUCUGCCGGGAGAUCAGGGCGCGGCAGCGGGCGGAGCGGGGCCUGUGCAAGCAGGAGAGCAUGCCCAUCCUGCCCAGCUGGAGGAAGAGCAACGGCAAGAAGUACGGGCCGCCCCCUUACUCCACCCACACCACUGUCUUUUGGGACACUGCCAUCUGAUAGCCCCCUCCCCCCCAUUUUACCCACCCUUCUUACCAGGAAGGCUAGGAGCCAAUCAGAGAGGAGGGCAGGAGGGCACACAGGACAAGUGGGUGGUCCAAUGUAGCAAAUAAAUACAUCUGAGAGUUCAGAUCAUCACGUUUCUUAUUACUGUUUAUAUUUCAUAUUUUUCUAUUUGAUCUGAUUCUAUAUAAUCUGCUUAGUCUUAUUAGAUAUUUUCUAAACCGAACAGAAUAAACAACAGACGAUAGUGUAGUUUUAGAGGAAUCCAAUGUUUAAUUUCUUUUUCUAAUCUUAUUUUAGUAUUAAUAUUGAGGGACACUCAUAUGCAUCAAUAUCUAGUGAAAAAAAAUGAUGUGAUGUCAAUCGAGUUCAGUGAGGACUUCACUGCAUUUUAUAAAAUCUUAAAGAUGAGUUUACUGUGGUGAUCUAAAAAAAGCACUAUUUUAAAUGGAGUAUAUUUUGGCACCUUGGGUCUCAGUCUUGUUGGUGUUCUGCAACCCUAUGUGAGCACAACGCUGGGUUCAAGGAUGAAUGCUUAGCCGUCAGCAAUGUGCACUGAAGGGUUUCUGUAUGUACACCUGUUCCUGCACUACCGUGACUGUGUUUUCACACAGAAAAUGAAGAAUGAGAAGGGACCUGGCCACCAGUGGGAACUAGCUUGGCUGGGUGUGGGAAAAGUAGGGGGACUAAACAUGUGGUGACAUUUGUUUAGGACUAAACUGACUUAAGCUAAUGGACUAGAGUGGACAGAG